AUGGAGGCCCCAAGAAACGAGAAUAGGUGGCAGCUGCGGCCACAUUUGUCUAAAGAAAAAAAUUACGAAGCUUUGAGGGAGUUGUUCAAACAUCAUAUCGAAUCCUUUGAUUACAUGGUGGAGUAUGGUCUGGACACCAUGUUGCAGAACAUCAAACCCAUAGAAGUUUUCGAUUCGUUCUCCAAACUGAAGCUGAGAAUCUGGUUUGGAAAACCUGAGCUAUAUCCUCCUCAAAAGGAGCGUUUUUCCCGGACCAUGGCAGAUGCUUUAUAUCCUUUUGAGUGUAGACAAGCUAAACUAACUUAUGCGGGGAAGAUUUUGGUGGACAUUUACUUCCAGUAUGCUGAUGGAGCUCCCAUUAGAGAAAAAUUUAAUUUUGGACAGUUUCCUAUCAUGUUGAAGUCGAAACUCUGUCAUCUGAAAGCUGCUGGUGAUCCCAAAAAGUUAGUUUUGUACAAAGAAGAUCCAUCAGAAAUGGGUGGAUACUUCAUCUUGAACGGGCUUGAGAGAGUGAUUCGACUUCUUAUUUUGCCGAAGAGAAACUAUCCAAUGAGCAUGGUGCGUAAUUCAUUCCGUGACAAGCGUGAAGGAUAUACUGAUAAAGCUGUUGCAAUAAGAAGUGUUCGACAAGAUCAAUCUGCAGUGACAAUCAAAUUAUACUACCUCAACAAUGGAAGUGCGAGGCUUGGAUUCUGGAUACAAGGAAGGGAAUAUCUGCUUCCUGUUGGAAUCAUAUUGAAGGCCCUUGCGGACACAACUGAUCAUGAAAUCUAUGUGAGUUUAACAUGUUGCUACAACGAGCUAUAUGAUCGGGUUAAGGGAUGUGUUGGCACUCAACUCAUUGGCGAAAGGGCAAAAAUUAUUUUAGAUGAACUUCAAAACUUGUCUCUUUUCACGCAUGUUCAAUGUUUGCAACACAUAGGGGAGCACUUCCGACCUGCCAUGGCAGGACUGGAAAAUGAAAGCUAUUCCACUGUUGCUGAGGCCGUGUUAAGAGAUUACAUAUUUGUUCAUCUAGAUAACAACCAUGACAAGUUCAAUCUCCUCAUCUUUAUGUUGCAGAAACUUUUUUCUCUCAUAGAUCAGACUUCUGUGCCAGACAAUCCAGAUUCUUUACAAAACCAAGAAGUUUUAUUGCCAGGCCACUUAAUAACUAUUUAUCUCAAGGAAAAGUUACAAGACUGGUUGCUCAAGGUGAAAAGGCUUCUUCAAGAUGAAAUUGACAACAGAACAAAGAAGUUUGAGUUGAGCAGCUUAGCAGAUGUCAAGAAGGUCAUCGAUAAAAAUUCUCCAAGGCAUAUUAGCGCAGCUGUGGAAAAUUUGUUGAAGACAGGAAGAUUGGUUACACAAUCAGGGUUGGAUUUGCAGCAGAGAGCUGGGAUGACUGUUCAAGCAGAUAGACUAAAUUUUCUGCGUUUUAUCUCACACUUUCGAGCUGUCCAUCGAGGUGCAUCAUUUGCAGGCCUUCGUACCACAAGCGUUCGCAAGUUGUUGCCUGAAUCUUGGGGGUUUCUGUGUCCUGUUCAUACACCUGAUGGGGAGCCAUGUGGACUGCUGAAUCAUAUGACUUCGUCUUGCCGUGCGCCAAUUUCUUCCUCUGCUCCCAAAGCUUAUUCUUCACUUCGCACCCAAAUAAUUACCAAUGGAUCAACCCAAAUCUCGCUCAAAACCCCUCUUAAACUCUCCCUUUUUGCAAAUUCCCCUAGAAAACAGCUCAAGAUUUACAGUGGAAAGAUUAGUGGAGUUCAACUUCAGCAUUUGCGGCUGUCUACGAUUCGGGCAUUAGGCGAUCAUGAUUAUGCACCUGAUGAACCUCCACCUUCUAAUUCAAACGGGAAUAAGAAGCUAUUUGUUAUUGCUUGUUCUACAGUUACUGUAGCACUAGCCAUUGCGAAUCGCGUGCUUUAUAAACUUGCCCUAGUUCCCUUGAAGGAGUACCCGUUCUUUCUAGCUCAACUCACCACUUUUGGGUACGUAGCCAUAUAUUUUUCUGUGCUCUAUACGAGAUACAAUUCUGGCAUCGCAACUGAUGAGAUGCUGGCCCUCCCCAAAUCACCAUUUAUAAUCAUUGGGUUUUUAGAAGCUCUUGGAGUUGUUUCUGGGAUGUAUUCAGGAGCUAUGCUUCCUGGACCAGCUAUACCGAUAUUAGGUCAGACAUUUUUGGUAUGGCAGCUGGUUUUUUCUAUUCUCCUCUUGGGGAGGAGCUACUCUAUGAACCGACUCGCUGGAUGCUUUCUAGUAGCUGCUGGUGUGGUAUUGGCAGUUGCAAGUGGGUCAGACAGUGAUCAAAUGCUAUCUGGAGUUGGGAUUUUCUGGCCUGCAAUGAUGAUAGCUUCAAGUGCCUUUCAAGCAGUUGCAUCUAUUGUCAAGGAAUCUGUUUUCCUUGAUGCUACAACCCGCCUGAAGGGAAAAUUGCUAGACAUCUUUGUUGUCAAUUCCUAUGGAUCUGGGUUUCAGGCUCUCUUUGUACUCCUCUUUCUGCCAUUAUUGUCGAAUUUGAAAGGCAUACCAUUAACUGAACUUCCCUCAUUCUUGAAAAGUGGCGCCGCUUGCUUCUUCAAUGUUGGAACCAACACCACAGGCUGUGAUGGAGCCCCAAUAUUACCCCUCCUUUACAUAAUUGUCAAUAUAGCUUUCAACAUAUCCGUACUCAAUCUUUUAAAAUAUUCCUCUGCUGUUGUUUCUUCUCUUGCUGUGAUGUCAUCAGUGCCUAUUUCGAUUUAUGUCCUUUCCCUUCCAUUGCCAUAUCUCCCGGAAGCAAGACUAAGAUUUUGUAACAUGGACUUGCUGUACUUGAGGAUUAUUUGA